AAGGAAGCAGAGGAGAGCGUCCAUGUCUGGGAAGCAGGUUGGGAACCGACCAUGUGAGCGGAGAGUUUAUUUAAGGCCAACAGCAGUGGCGCGUUGAUAAGGGAGAUGGCUGCUAAGUGCUUUCCACUCUGUGAUCUGCUUCUGAACCUGACUGCCUUUAUGCGCAGGAGCCAUGGAAAGGAUCGUCUGAUAGUCUGGAAAGUGAACUGGCAGUAGUUGUGACAUUUCCAGAGAUAAAGUGGAUGAGCCUGUUCAAACAGUUCCCACUGAACACUGCUUCAGCGAACUUGUGACUAAGGAGGAGGAGGAGGUCACCAUGAUCUCCACAGCUGUUCGCUGGCUAUUCCUGGUGUCUUUUAUCAUUCUGACCAUCGGUGGGAACGUGCUGGUUUGUUUGGCCGUGGGGCUCAGCCGUCGACUCUGGCGCAUUGCGAACUGCUUCGUGGUGUCGCUGGCGGUGACAGAUCUCUUGCUGGGCCUGCUGGUGCUGCCCUUGUCCGCCACUGUGGAGAUACGUGGAAAAUGGCCCUUCGGAGGAACCCUGUGUAACAUCUACAUCUCGAUGGAUGUCUUACUGUGUACAGCCUCCAUCCUGACCCUGCUGGCUAUCAGCGUCGACCGAUACCUAGCCAUUUCAGCUCCCCUGAGCUACUCCCGGAGAAUUACCCCUCUGAGGGUGACACUGGCCAUAAUCGCCAUCUGGGCCUUGUCACUGGCUGUGUCCUUUGUGCCCAUCCACCUGGGCUGGAACACAGUGGACUACAGAGUGCAACACUUGGACUGGGGCAUGGGCGAUGAGGACAAGGAGGGACGCUACUGCCAGUUUGAAUGGAAUAACAACUAUGUUCUUCUUUAUGCAUUUAGCUCAUUUUACUUGCCUCUGCUGCUUAUGUGUGGAAUGUAUCUUUGCAUAUUCAGAGUAGCACGAGAACAGGUGCGGCGUAUCCGUGCUGCCAUUCCAUCAUUUGCACGCACACCAUCAACUGCAGCCAUAGCCCGAGAACACAAAGCAACAGUGACCCUGGCAGCUGUACUGGGGGCCUUUGUCAUCUGCUGGUUCCCUUACUUCACUUUCUUCGUCUGCAUGGGCAUAAAGCAAAAGAGAAACCCCCCUAAUACGCUUCACUCCGUGGUCCUGUGGCUGGGCUAUCUUAACUCAGCUCUUAAUCCCAUCCUGUAUCCAGCCUUCAACAGGGAUUUUCGCAGAGCCUACGCAGAGCUGCUUCGCUGCAGAGGACUGUCGCACAGAAAACUGCAGCUCACCCGUGUGUUUGUGCAUGAACGUUUGACCUUUACUAACGGAAAAAGGGCUCCCCAACAGUCUGAGAAACACAUAGACACGGUUAAGAAAGAACCUGAGGGGAAGAGCCUCACACUACAGCAGAGAAACGGUAUCCCUGAUGAGCCAACCUGAAAUGCCACGGAUGCUGUUGUUCCAAUUCCGGACUCUAGACUGUCAGCUAAAUGUUGUAAAUUACAAACUUGCUCUAUUACUCACAGCACCAGAUUAGCUAACCAUUAACAGUAUCUGUUAGAUGUUUAGUGUAUACUGCCAACAAUGUACAUAACUUUUUCUGUCAGUGUACUGGAUGUAAAACAUGAAGCCCAUGGCUUGGUGUGCGUUAUUUAUAUAAAUAAUAAUAAUCAAUGAAAUUCACAGCUCUGAAAUGUUUGUUAGAUAUAUGUAAAUAGCAUACGGGAAUGUCAUUCAGCAUAGAUAGUAUGCUGAGCAUAGCUCCGUGGAACAAAUAGAUGACUCAGUAAGUUUUCCAGAAAGCUGCAUGGAGACACGGGCGGUUAAAAGUUUGCAAAUUGUUUAUUUUCUGUCCCCUGAACGCUGCCAAAGAAAGUGAAUAAUUGACCAGCAAGUUGAUUUGAUAUGUAAAAUAUGUGUAUGUUUGACUUGUCCCAAGCAGGGUGAUGUUAAUGACUUUCUAAAAACCGAUUAACUGCAACUGGACAUCCAGGCAAAUCACAUAAAAAUGUAAAAAAAAAAAAUAUAUAUCUAUAUAUAUAUAUAUAUAUAUAUGCAUAACUGCAGCACUGUCUAACCUUGUGAGUUAUGAUGAGGACAGGUUGCAUUCGAAAAAUGACAUGAUUUAUAUAGUGAAGCUGCUCCCACCAGGUCGGACUUAUUUUUUGACACUUCUACUGCAUCACAAUACGAAAUAAAAUCUACAUUCAUGAAAUGAUCAUUACAACUUUUCUUCCUCUGCACACUGUGUAUGUUGCUAGAAAUUUUUCUCAUGCAUAGACAUAAACAGUUGAAAUAUACUGACACUGCAACCCACUGACUCUUGUGCUCGGUGGUGUAAGAUGAGGAUGAGAAAAGAUCAGGGAUUGUGGAGUCCAGCUGACAAAUUGUGAAAGAUAACUUUGAGAUGCAAGAUUGGGAAGAAAACACGCUGAUAGAUGUGAUACCAGUUGCUUUUAAUAAUGUAUAAUGAUAACAAAUUAUUCAUUCAAAGGCAGAAUUAUUGUUAAUAUAAUAACUCUCAUUAAACCCAUUUAAUUCUAUACACGUUUGCAUAAGCUGUCAACAUAUUGUGGAUACUAAGGUGUACUAUACUCAAUGAGGGAUAAUAGUAUGCUUUAUUUGGCACUUAUAAUGAUGAAUUUUAAUGUCAUCCAUCCAUGGAAAUGUGCAGUUUUUUCAAGCAUUGUUAUGACCAGGACAAGACGAGCUGAGCGAUAAAGUCUAAUGUGAGCCUCGGCACUGGUGAUGGUAGUUGAAGUAGAUUGACACAGUAGGUUGAAACAUGGAAAUGGAAAUGCAUAUUGGGGAGGAGCUGAUGAUUUCCCUCAACCUUGUAGAAGAGGGCAUGCUGCUGAGGGAGAGACAUUAGGUUUUCAAAUAUAGGUUUUAAAAAGCGGAAGCGGUCAAGCCAGCAGCUGCACAGUGACAUAUAAAAUGGAAGUGAUAAAAAAAAUUAUUAACUCUAGUUCAGAACAGGUGUAAAAAGCAGGAGCAUUUAUAGGUAGCAUUAAACUCAACUCGCUUCUUUGAACUGACGUGGACCCAUUUGUGAUACUGUUCCCCGUCACAUCUCACAGCACAGUAAAAAGGUCUCUCAGAGUUUGGUUCUUGCGUGUACAAAGACAUGCAUGUAAAUAAGCUGCCUCUAUAAAAACCUACUGGAAUCCAUCAGAGCAGUCUCCGUGGCUAUAUUUCCAUAUAUGAAGGCUGACUUAGUGCAGAAAUGGAAAGAGUAAAAGAAAUGGUUUGUUUACAGGCUGCAGUGACAACUGUAUAGUUAGAAAUUACAGCGUGACUUCUUGGAAUCUCUGUUGGUUGGCACAGUGACAUCAAUACUUCAAGUUGGUGGCAGCACAUUAUUGCAAACAACAAAUGCUGCUGAUUUUUUUUUUUACUUUGGACAGAGCCAAGUGAGCUGUUUCCACCCCUGCUUCUAGUCUUCAUGUAAGAUAAACUAAUUGCGACACGGCUCCAACUUUACGGUUACCACACUAACAUGAAAGUUAUAAUGAUUUUCUCACUGAAUUAUCAGCAACUUAGCAAAAAAAGCACAAUUCCAAACAUGUUGAAUUAUUACUUUUGGAAUUAAAUAUUCCACACGUGUACUGAUGAAUAAAAUCUCCCACAGUAAUUUCACUACCAUGAUGGGAAUUAACAUGAAUGCCAAGAAAGUUUCACACGCCUUUAUUACUCAUCAAAUGUCACCAUAGUAAAAUCUAAUCAAUAUAUUUUAAGUUUAUAUGUUUGCCUUCAGGUUGGAGCAACAAAUAUUGAAAUUUAAGUUUUAGAUUUGACUUUGGAAAGGUGGUUUUAAUGUGGAAUCAUGUGCAGCUGAAAAUAGAUAUAUUUGAACCAUGAACUGAGGACUGAGACACUUGUCAUAACUUGUUGUAUAAUAAUGAAAAUACCUAAUACCUAAUUUUGCCAAAAAAAGAUAAAUAAAUAAAUUCAUUAUACAUCUGUGCUCUUACUACAGAUCAUCGGUCCUUAAAAUAACUAUUGCUGCCAACCAUGCAGCUUGCUGUUUAGCACUAUUCAACAACAGAAGGAUCAUGAUUAGUAUUUUUUUUUUUUUGUAUGUGAAUGAAUGCUCCUUUUCAAAAACAUAAAGAAUAAAGUGCUAGUUCAAAAUAUCAUCACUCGGUUGCCAAAAUUAUAACACAGAAUUAUUAAUUUGUCUCUAAGCUCUAAAAAGUGUCUACUUGCGUCAAAGGUACAUGGUGAUUUAUGCAUAUCAUCUAUCAUAGAUAUAUUAUUACACGUGUGUCAAAGUUUAGAAAUGGAGGUUAUGUAGGUAUUAAUAAUAAUACAAAGAAAUCUCUGAAUGCAUCCAGGUCACAUUCAUAAUGUUCCCUUUAUGAGGCAACAGGCUCAUUUAAACCUUAUCAGCCUGAGUUCUGUGCAUUUUUAAAUGUUUGAUAAUAAAUAUUGUGCAUAUAUAAAGGAUAUGGAUAUUUACCAUCACUAGAUAGAUAAGUUACAUGAUAGUUGUUGUUAUGGGAGCAAAAAUCUGCCGAUCAAUAAUGCUAUAACUGAUUAAAGAGCCUACAUAUCCAUUAUGGCUCCCGGCAGUGUACGUCAUCAUGUGUUUUAUGAAAAUGUAUUGCUCGCUCUGAAGUGUGCUAAUCAAAUAUUGUGUGUGUUUCAUUAUGUAUAAGGCCUGGUGACCGCGCUACCUCCUGUGAUCUGAAAUGUUCAGUCUUUCAUUAUAUAUCUGUUUACUCUAACACAAUCAUUUCCGAUGUCGCAUCUCUGUUGAGCAAAGAUAAAUAAA